AUGCCCUCCAAAAGGCCCUGCCUUCCCCAGCCAUCCCUCUGGAGAGUGCAUUUUGCAGAGACAAACAGGAAACCCCAGCAGGCCAACCAUUACUGCUGCUCUUCCUGCAUCCUGGAUUACUACUGCUGCUCUUCCUGCAUCCUGGAUUACUACUGCUGCUCUUCCUGCAUCCUGGAUUACUACUGCUGCUCUUCCUGCAUCCUGGAUUACUACUGCUGCUCUUCCUGCAUCCUGGAUUACUACUGCUGCUCUUCCUGCAUCCUGGAUUACUGCUGCUGCUCUUCCUGCAUCCUGGAUUACUGCUGCUGCUCUUCCUGCAUCCUGGAUUACUACUGUUGCUCUUCCUGCAUCCUGGAUUACUACUGA